AUUUCAGAUGCCCAUGGCACCACGUGUCCUGCUCCUCUGCCUGCUGGUCCUGGCAGUCAUUGAAGGCCAUUGUCAGGAGGCAGCCAUCCCAGGCUGCCACUUGCACCCCUUCAAUGUGACAGUGCGAAGUGACCGCCAUGGCACCUGCCAGGGCUCCCAUGUGGCACAGGCCUGUGUAGGACACUGUGAGUCUAGUGCCUUCCCUUCCCGGUACUCCGUGCUGGUGGCCAGUGGCUAUCGACACAAUAUCACCUCUGUCUCUCAGUGCUGCACCAUUAGUAGCCUAAAAAAGGUGAAGGUGUGGCUGAACUGCGUGGGGAGCCAGCGGGGGGAGAUUGAGAUCUUCACUGCCAGGGCCUGCCGCUGUGAUAUGUGCCGUCUCUCCCGCUACUAGUCCCUGGAUGGCCCAGGCUCCGGUCCUGCCACUGAUUUGCUAUGGGCGAAUCUCUCAAAUGAGGGGCUGC